CGGCGUCUUCCCGCUCCGGCUGGAUCCCCUGUCCAAACCCGACCUGAACGGCGGACUGCACAUCCGCGCUCCGGACGAGUCCGGACCCGAGACCGUCACCGACUCUGACCCUCCCCAGCCGUCCUCUCCCAGAUCUUUCACCACCGCGGAGUUCACGGACCUGCGUGGCCGGGACACGGAAGAGGAAAUGGAGGCGGGCGGAGACGCCAUCCCCCUGGGCGACCGCUCGCAGUCGCAGUCGCAGUCGCAGUCGCAGGACCGCCUGACGGAGAGCACCGUGUUCAGCCUGUCCCAGAGCGAGUCCCUCUGGACCACCGAGUCGGCGCGCAGCGCCUGGGAGGUCUACCAGUACCCCAUCCUCCUCCUGGCCUCCGGGGGCGCCGUGUUCAUCUGCGGCUUCGUGCUCAGCGGCCUGUACUUCGCCGCCAUAUCCAAGAAGGUGACGAACAUCCUGGGCCCAGCGCUGCUCUCUAUCGGGCUGAUGGUGCUGGUGGUGGGCCUGGUGCUGGUUCCCAUCACCAAGGAGAACCUGAAGCCGCCGCUGAAGAGGCCCGUCAGCUACUACCGGCCGCCGCACUUUAACCUGUGA